UAUCACUCCCUUUGUUAUAUUGAGCAAAGAUAAAUGAUUUAAUCAUUGCUGGAUAAUGGUGGAGACUGGUCACACCCAUGUUUCUGCACUCUGGGAUUCCUCAUGUAGCCCUUAGCUCCUGGGCUCUGCUUACUUUUGGACCAAAAGUCUGCCGUGACUAUGGACUAAUCACAUUUUGUCUCAUUUACAUUCUCGGAGGAGUCUCUGGUAAUUUCAUGAGCUUUCUGCAUACACCAGAUCCUACAGUUGGAGGAACUGGACCAGCAUUUGCUUUAAUAGGAGCUUGGCUCGUUGACCAAAAUCAGAACAAGGAGAUGAUCAUAUACAAUGAUAUUUCAAUAAGUCAGCAACGACCAUUAGUCCCACGUAACUAAUACCAAUGAUACACACGGAGAACAAUGUCAGGUACAAA